AACCCUCCCUACGUUCACCUAACAUAGUCCACAUAUUUUCAAUGGCAAACCCUAGAGUCUACUUCGACAUGACAAUCGGCGGCCAACCAGCCGGCCGGAUCGUGAUGGAACUGUUCGCCGACACAACUCCACGGACCGCAGAGAACUUCAGGGCUCUUUGCACUGGAGAGAAAGGAAAAGGCCGAAGCGGCAAGCCUUUACACUACAAAGGCUCGACUUUCCAUCGAGUCAUCCCUGGAUUCAUGUGCCAGGGAGGAGAUUUCACUGCAGGGAAUGGAACCGGAGGGGAAUCGAUCUACGGAUCGAAAUUUGCCGACGAGAAUUUUAUAAAGAAACAUACUGGGCCAGGGAUUUUGUCCAUGGCCAAUGCUGGGCCUGGGACUAACGGGUCGCAGUUCUUUGUCUGUACAGCCAAGACUGAAUGGCUCGAUGGAAAACACGUGGUGUUUGGAAGAGUAGUGGAGGGUCUGGAUGUUGUGAAGGCUAUAGAGAAGUUUGGGUCUUCUAAUGGAAGGACCUCCAAGCCUGUUGUUGUUGCUGACUGUGGACAGCUUUCUUGAGCUGAAGAAGUUCUUAUUAUACCAUGGCUGUUAUCUUUAUAUUUGAGUCUUUAAUAUUUCUUUUCAAGUUUCUCUGGUUGUUGCCGUUUUAUGAUAAUCUACAGAUACAAUAAAAUUAAUGAAUAGUUUUAUAUUUUUCUUC